AUGGACACCGGUGAACUACCAGAGCAAGCAACGAAGCGGAUGCUGGAUGUAGCGACUCAGGAUCCCGCCACCGCCAAGUAUGCCAUCAACGCCACGGUGUCCAUCAUGGGCCACGCUUUGUCGUCCUUCCAUGCACCCAGAUCUCGAAAAUGGCAAGUUACAUUGAACAGCAGGCAACCGGUCAGCCAGUCCCUGGUCUCGCAGCUAUUGCCUGUUUCGUGUCUCAACGAGACUGUGCGCUUUGCCGGGGAGUUCAAAGCCAUUAUUGGGGACAAUGUCCAGCAAUUUCUGCAAGAGUGCUCCGAAAAGCUCAAGCCGGUGAGCUGCAAAGACGCGCAGCCCGGCUCGGUGCUCGUCACGCUGUCGGCGGCCAACUGGGCAGAUCUUCACACCGCGGAUGCCCUCAUUGACCAGGGUGGCUUCGAACUGCCCAGCUUUGGCAAGUUCGAGAAGGAGCAGGAGACUUCCAAGGCUGGGCCGAAAUCGGCGAAGGAGGCGUUCGACGCUGCCGCGGAGAAGACGCCGGAAGAGACAAAAGCCGACCUUCUCAAUCCGGAUAUGACAGCCAACGACGUGAAGAUUGUGCAGAGCAUCUUUGACAAGAUCCACGAAGAAGAGGAGAAGGAGGCCGAGGAUGGAAAGCCCGCCAAAGGAAGCGCUCAGGAGGCAAGUGCAGCGGCUGUGCCUACUGCAGAAGAAAGGUCGGCCGGGGAUGUGAUUGUCGGGGUCUUCUUGCUGCUCUUCGGCUUCGGCUGCGUCGGGUUCUGCGUCUACUACUGGUCGGCGGCAUCCAAGCGAGUGAAGCAGAGACUACAAACUGCAGCCUCCAAACGGCUCAUGAAGCGUGGCAAGGAGGGGGACACCCAGCUGUAUGUCACCAGCAUUGAAGGUCUCCAGGCAGGUGAGCAAGUUGUCCUCGGCAAGGAGACGGUCACCGUCGAGAGCGUAGCCUUUGUUGUCACCAUUAGUGAUGGGUUGGCAGAUGCAUGUAAGUCUGGGGAUGCCGUUGUCAAGACUCCCGAUUCUGAAAGUGCAGAUCAGAAACCUGCCCUGGUCAAAGAUGCGGCUGCAGGCGACAAAGAGCUUGUCGUAAGCAGCGCUCUUGUUGCGAAGAAGGGCGACAGGCUCAAGAUCGGCGCUGCAGCCCAGGAGUUGACAGUGAAGUCGGUAGCCAAGACCGUGAUGGUGACCCCAGAAUUGAAGACAGCACACGCGAUAGGCACCAAGUUGCGCAAGCCGGGCGAGCCGGAGAAGGAUGCAGACAAAGACGAGGCAGCGGCAGAGACGGCAGAGGAGACGGCAGAAGGCGACGAGACUGCUGAGGAGAAGCCACAGGAUCUGCCGCCAGCCAGCUCGCAAGACUGA